AUGAGGGAUGCUGUGUCUCUGCUCCUGCUGAAGAGCGGCUUGAGGGUCAGUGCUGUUGUACAGGAUUUGCUUGUGAGAAUUGCAGAGAAAUACGGUCAUUCGAAGGUGCUGAAUAUGCUCUGGAAUAUCUACAGUGGCCCAGAAAGAAGAAGUGCAGAUGUGGACGAUGAGGCCUCUGAGGAUUCCAAAGAUCACAAGAGCAAGUCUUGGAGAAGAAGGACAGAGCUGCACAGUGCAAUACAUAAUGGAGACGAAGAGAAAGCCAGAAAGCUCAUACGUGCAGGUACAGAUCUCGAAGUCCAGGACGAAAAUGGACAGAGUGCUCUGCAUUACGGAGCGAAAGCUGGAGUCUCGAAUGUCGUGAAGCUACUCAUUGAGGCUGGCGUAUCUCUGGAGGCCCGAGAUGACGGUGGACGGACAGCUCUGCACUGUGCCGCGCGCCAGGGCAGUGGGGCAUGUGCUCGGCUGCUGGUAAGCGGCGGCGCAGGGCUGGACGUUCGGGACCACACCGGCGCGACACCACUGCACGCUGCGGCGGAAGCAGAUGCUGACGAAGUCGCCAGAGUGCUCACUCAAGCUGGUGCAGACCUCAAGGCGCGCGACAACGAUGGAAUGUCACCGCUGCACUACGCUGCGCUCCAGGGAAGCGUCAAAUGCGCUCGGUUGCUCGUUCGCAAAGGUGCGAGUGUACACAGGCAGGACAGGUUUGGUGCAACUCCUCUUCACUACGCAGGGGGAGGAAAGGUCGCGGAUGUGGUCAACAUACUGCUCGAGGCCGGGGCGCGACUGCAUCUUCGCGACGAAGACGGAAUGACGGCCUUGCACUAUGCUGCGGAUAAGGGCAGCGCAAAAUGCGUUUGGUCGCUCGUCAGUAGCGGUGCAGCCGUGAACGAGCAAGACAACUUCGGCAAAACACCCCUCCAUUACGCGGUAAAAGCGAAUGCCGCAGGCGUCGCCAAGUUACUUAUCGAUGUUGGUGCGUCUCUGAAGGUACGCGACACACACGGUAAGACGGCGUUACACUAUGCGGCACAUAAAGGUGGGGCAGAGUGCGCUUCGGUGCUGGUCAGUGCGGGAGCAGAUGUGAACGUGCGCGACACAGCUGGUGCCACCCCUCUGCACUAUGCGGCGGAGGAAAACGCCACGGCCGUCAUCGAGCUACUGGUUCAGUCCGGCGCACGUGCGCACAGCCGCAAUGAGCACGGGGUAACAGCUUUGCACUAUGCUGCGUCUCGGGGCAGCGCAAAAGAUGCCCGGCUGCUUAUCAGAGAUAUCGUACACGUGAACGCGCCAGACAAGGAUGGCGCAACACCUUUGCACUAUGCUGCACGUGCCGGUAACACCGAUUGCGCUUCACUCCUCGUCCGCGCCGGCGCAGACAUUCGCAUCCAGGACGCAGGCGGCCUGACAGCCCUCCACUAUGCAGCGCGUGCACCUAACCCACAAUGCAUUUUGUUCCUCAUACGCGCUGGAUCGAGUGUGGAUGUACGAGACAAGAAGGGCGCAACGGCACUCCACUAUGCAGCCAUGUCAGACAAGGCGAUUUCUCUCAGCAAGGAUGGACCAAUUGACGGUGCGGCGGAAUGUAUCAAGUUGUUGCUGGCAUCGCGCGCAUAUUCGGGCACCAGAGACGAGCAAGGGAAAACUGCGCUGCACUACGCCGUGUCUGCCAGGAAUUUGGCUUGCGUGGCGCUUCUUAUUGAUGCUGGCUGUGAUGUGCUGGCCACAGACAAAAGUGGCGAUGCACCGCUGCACUGUGCUGUACGAGCAGACAACUCAAUAUGCUUCACUCUGCUGCUACGUUCUCUUGCCACAAAUUCGACAUCUUGGAGAUAG